ACAAAACACACUCUAUUUUUUGUCUUUGAUAUUAGAGAAAGGGAGACAGAGACUCCUCUGGAGAGGGGCGGAUGGACGGAUGAGGUUCAGGCUGUAGGCAAAAAAGAAAAGAAAAGAAAAGAAAACACAGCAGACCCUUUACGGAAGCCCUGUGGCAGUUUGUCUGUAGGCUAGUUGUCUGCUGCGUCGAGGGUGUGUUGGUGGGUGUGGUGUUGAGAACAAGUUUAGACAGAUUCAUUCGCGCGCAAUUAACAUUGGGUAGAUUUGACUUCAUUGGCGCAACUCAGGUAGAGCAUCAUUCCAGCGGAGGGAUUGUCACGUUUUCACUGGAACCACAGACCACAGAGGAAUACUGCCCCGCGCUAGGAAACAAAAAUAUAGGAAUAUGUUGCCAUUUUUGCUAUUUGUGUUUUGUGCCACGUUCGCAGUUGGACAGACAGAAACAUGUUUGGAGUGUUCAGGUGCGGAUUGGGGCAAAUGUUUUGGACAGGAACAUUCCUGUCGGGCUUCUGAGAAGUGUGUGUCGGCAGUGACUGUACUCACUCAAGAUCUUAGAGGAGAUUUCAAUAAGACCAUCCAGAAAGUGAAUAGAAAAUGUGCAGAUUCCGCACUCUGUCAGCAGGACUUCUCUGUGAACUUUCGAGUUGCUGACUGGAAGAUCAAGACCAAGUGUGGUGAAAAUGUAACUAUGGGAAAUGAAAAACCUUCCGAGGGCAAACUGGUAUGUUAUGGAUGUGUUUCUCAACCGGCUUAUUGCACUAAAACUGUGAAAUGCAGUGAAACUGAGACCAUGUGCAUCAGUGCUUCAGAGACUGUUGCUGGAAAUCUUGUGGUCAACAAAGGUUGUGCAACUAAGACCAUGUGCAAUCUGAAACGAGGCAUAUCUGAUGUGGUGGGGUCUACCGUAGUUGGGCAUGUGUCUUGUUGCCAAGGGAACCUUUGCAAUGGCAGUGGCAUCUUGAAAUCCACCUCAUCAGUGUGUUUGUUGUUGCUAUCAAUGCUUCCCUGGAUGCUGCCUUGAUGGUGAAAUGGGAAAACAUCAGCAAAGGCAUGUGACAGAAAAAAUAUGUCUGAUGCUAUUGAGACAGAGGCAUCAUUUACAGUUUUCAUCAGUCGCUUUGGUGUGUUUAGUGGAGUAUUUGUUAGUGUUCAUUUGUGCCAAUCAGUUACAGAAGUUGAGAAGGGAAAGGAGGAGGGGACGGGGGAUUCACCAUGUCUCCCUACUGGAGUGGGGGAGCAAAGAAUAGCACGGGGCCAGUAGCACAUCCAUGCAACUGAUUACAAAUGUCUGCUGUUUUUUACAUUUUCAAUUGCUACUGUCAUGUUGGUCAAAAUGCACUAUUUUUGUUUCAUGCUGAAUAUUACCUUACCCUAUAAAAUUAAUAUACCAUAUUUCAUUGCUUGAGUUACAUUCAAAAGUGUUGAAUUAGCUGUCAUAGUUGUCAUAGUCUGCCUAGGAUAAAUACAUCUAUGUGGCCUGACAGACAGAAACGUCAGGAUGUAUAGAAGGAUGUAGGUCUACAGUGGCGCACAGCUCUGACCAAGGUCAUUUUUCAUUUGGACAAUGCUGUAAAAACAUUUAUUUUCUUCACACUGUCACAAUGUAUCGGUCAUUUUUCAUUUGCAUAAUGCUGUAAAAACCUUUGUUUUCUCACACUGUCACAAUGUCUGUCAACAGUUAAAACUUUUGAAACAUGCCCACUCUCUUGCAAUCCCCCCCAUCUUCACACAAUAAUGUGUAACUUUGCAGUUUUGAAAUAGCUAUGCCACACAGAAAAAAAGUGCUUCCUUGUGAACUUUUCAAUAGGAAAUACUUACAGAGUAAACUGUCAUAUUGACAAUGUGACAAAGCAGUUUGACUACUUUGUUCAUUAACAAUGGCGUAAGGACUUGUUAUUGCACUGACAUUUUCAUUGGCAUAAAUACUUGCUUUUGAGAAAUAAAUAAACUAAGCGGUUUUGCAGGUAAUCCACUAUGUGGUGCAGUUUGCACUUUGUCACAUUGUCAUUUUCAGCAUGGGCCUCAUGUUUUCAUUUGUCAAUUUGAAUAAUUUUAUACCAAAAAGUCGGAGAUGCAAUAAAUCAUUUCCCUAGUA